CAUGUAACAUCCCGACAAGUUUGCACCAUAGCAACUUCUGCUAGCUAUCACCACCGAGUUGCAUGUCGCAAGCCCUUUCUAUCACCAGCAGCUAUCCGGAAAUAUCUCAUUUGGGCAAAGGAGAAUAUGACAAGGGAUUGGAAUGAGGUUAUCUAG